GAGGAGACUAAUUGUUAACGUGAUAAUUAGAUCGAGACAUGUUGAGGCAGGCUAACUUGGCUGCACAACUUGGCUCUUUGCGACUUGGCUUGUUUCUUCAAAGUCUCAAAUGGAGCCACCUAGCAUGGUAGCCUAAGCUACUAUUUAACCGGAGGAUGCUCCGACACGCGUCACUGAAGGCGUGGAGGCGACCUUUGCACCAAGAAGUCCAACUCCACUUCCUAUUCAGCCUUCGAACCACAGCGACCUGGUAAGUGAAAGCAACGAGCCGCGAUUGUACUAUGCCGACUAUUCGGUCAGGACAAACCAAUAUGCUCGUUUUCGUGUUAAUAUGUUUUAGCAUCUUUUUUUACAAACGUACAGCAAUUUCAAACUGCUUGAGCACGUCUGGAUUCUGUGUCGAUCUGACCAACUGCUGCUAACAACGUCUAAUGACAAAAGAAAAAAAAAUUCAGGCACUGAAAUAGCAGCGAUAACACAACAUUAUCGGCCCCGCGCACAUCCUGCCUCUCCAAGUCUCGCACCGCCUUGGGGAGUGGGGGAGGGGCGCUGUUAUAGGAGCAGGUGGUCGCCCUUAUAGGGGCACAGCCCCGGUCACGUGAGCAGAAAAUGGCGGAAGCCGCUGGCCGCCUGCGAACCCAGCAUCUCCCGAGGAAGACGAGGAGGUUGGAGGAAGAGGAGGGGGUGGAGGCUGGGAGCAGGAAGUAGGAGACGGGAGCUUCUUCUUCCCGGUAGCGGUGAGUAUGGGAAAAUGAGGGAAUCAAAAUGGGGAUGUGAUGGGGAAUAGGCAGCUCAGCAUCUUCCAUCGGGGAGGCUGAGGCUAGCAUCUGGUUUCUCCAUCGUUACAGAACUGCUAGGAUUUGUCUGUCUGUCUGUAAGCAGGAUCUUUCCAUUUGAUGUCAUAUUGAUUAUGCAUGAGUUAUUUGCACGUCUGCGAUCGUGCAGUCCUUUCGCUCGAGGCGACCGACGCGGGGGUUCCUGUGACGUAAUAAGUCCUCACGUUCAAGGCGACAAGAUCUCCGUUUGAAAUGUGUUCCUGUUGUUAAAUUCGUGUGAUUAAGGUUUGGUAUUUUGUUGUUUUUCUAGGUCCUCCUUGGGAUGGACCUGGCGUCGCACAGCAAGAUGAACUCUGAGGACAGUGACGGUAGACCUGCGCCGCCCACCUCCCUGCCCCUCCAAGGAGGCGGCAACCAGCGAAAGAAACUGUCGGCUCCCCGCAUCAGCCUUUCUCUGGACCAGAGCGAGGACGACUUGGGCGAGACGCCAGAUGACCUUGAUAUCAACGUGGAUGACCUCGACACUCCAGAUGAAGGGGAUUACCUGGACUACACGGACCACGAGAUGGACUUGGACGAUCCCAAAGUGGCAUACCGAGGUCGGGCAAGCGAGUCGUACGAAGCCAUCCCGACGUACGGCGCCGAGGAAGAGCGUCAAGACGUCAAGCUGUGGCGAACGGUGGUCAUCGGCGAGCAAGAGCAUCGCAUCGACAUGAAAGUCAUCGAGCCCUACAUGCGAGUCAUCUCUCACGGAGGGUAUUACAGCAACGGCGUGAACGCCAUCAUCGUGUUUGCUGCUUGUUUCCUGCCAGACAGUGACAAAGAGGACUAUCAUGACAUUAUGGAGAACCUAUUCCUCUAUGUGAUCAGCACUUUAGAGCUAAUGGUGGCAGAGGACUACAUGAUUGUGUACCUGAACGGAGCCACACCUCACAGAAGAAUGCCAGGCCUGGGUUGGCUCAAGAAGUGCUACCAGAUGAUUGACAGAAGACUCCGGAAGAACUUGAAAUCUUUCAUCAUCCUGCAUCCAUCAUGGUUCAUCAGGACCAUCCUGGCCAUCACCAAGCCGUUCAUCAGCACUAAGUUCAGCAGCAAGAUCAAGUACGUGAGCAGCCUGGAUGAGCUGCAAGAGCUUAUCCCCAUGGAGAGUGUCCACAUCCCAGAGUGCAUCAUUAGACUGGACCAAGAGCUCAAAGUAGCAGCAGAGAAUUCCAAAGUGAAUAGUUUUCUGCUGGGAAGCGAGCCAACACGAUCAAACGAGGCGGGUGCCAGCGCUCCUUAACUCGGAGGUCAACGUGCUUGUGUGUGUACGUGUGAUUGUGUUUCGUUGUGUGCGAGUGUGUAGUUUCUGAUGACGAGACAACUUUGAUGAAUCGGACUGGUACACGCACACGGCAGGCGGUCGCCGGUGAGUGAUGUCAUACAGUUGUGCGCGGACAGGAAGUGAAGCAAUAAUGAUGUCCCGUGCUCACGCAUAUCAGUAUUUCAGAGUAAGACGUGUGUUUUCAAAGUAAAAGCAUCUGGCGUCAUCCACCAAAUAUCACAAGUGAUUUGAUUGCGUAAUACACAUGUUAGAGUAUACACAUGCUGGACACUACAUUAGGUACACAUGAACAGCCUUACAAUGACUUCACAUUAAGAAUCCGAAUGUUUUCUUUUUUUCGAUGGUUUUCAGUACGUGUUGUUGUUAGUAAUAUAUUAUAUCACACACAUUCUAAAAAUAAUGUUUUUGAUGCUUUAAGACAUUGAAUACUUAUUUUUUUAUUUUAAAAAAAAAAAGUCGGAACUGUCUCUAGUAUUGCUGUUGUCUUAUUUAGUUACAGGAUAAAGUUCAAGAUAUUAAAAACAGUCGUCAAUCAUAAGCAAAAUACCUACGUAGUAAAUAAAUCUCAGUCUCCGGUUAUAGUAGAUGAUUUAGCUUCACAAAGGACUAAUAAAUCAACAACCCGCAUGUCCUAAUAAUGAGUACUAACAAAAAAACCUCAAACAAUCGUCUUUAUGAUGAAUAAGCACAAUGUCUCAUCAAUGUGCGUGCGUGAUUGUGUGUGCCUUUUGUGCAUAGCAGUGCAUGUAGCCUCCUCGUCACGCAAACACACUUGUAGUUCAAUAAACCAGACUUGUGUCUGA